GGGCAUCCCGGGCAGCGCUGCCGGCUGGGGCAGAGCAGGUGAAGGGACGGAGGAGAUGGAGGGGCUGAGCCAGCGCUGGGCGCUGCUGCUCCCCGCCGGGCAGGGCUGCCCCAGGCCCGGGCGGGGCACCCUGGUGCUGGUGCUGACUCUGUCUCUGCUGAUGUACCCAGUGCUGAGGGGUUUUGCUCUGCAGCUGCACUCUGCCUUCACGGGCAGCUACGUCCCUGGCACCCUCUCCAUCGCCUUCAUCAGCUGCCUCAACCAGCAGAUUGCCAAGGACAUUGCAAGGGCCAUCAUGGAUAAGAAGCUGGCUGCCUAUGUGAACAUCCUGCCCAAGAGCUUGGCCUUGUAUUUCUGGAAAGGGGAACUGGAAGAAUCCACUGAAAUACUGCUGUUAGUGCAAACAAGGACAUCCAAAAUAAGUGAAUUGUCCAACUAUGUCAGAUCCAUCCAUCCCUUUGAAAUUCCUGAAAUCAUCAGCCUGCCUAUUGACCAAGGGAACCCUCUGUACCUCAAGUGGAUAGAGGAAAGUCUCCCACAGGACUAACUGCAGAGAGCAAGAAGCCCUUGGCUUUUUGGGGAGCCCAGGAGAACCCACACAGGCAGGGAGGGAGUUUGUAUCUUUACAGAUAACACAGAAACCUGGGACUGGGAAUUUGGUUUGCACUCCAAACAUCCUCCCCUGGGCCCAACCCUCUGCUCCAGGGAGCACUGAGCAGCCUGGAGGUGGUGGAGGCUGAAGCAGGGAAGAGUUACUCACCCCAGCACCGUCCAGGAGGAUCCACAGUGAUGCUCAUGUCAGGACACUGCAGUGUUUGGAGGAUACCUCAGGGCCCCAGAACAAAUGCCAGCUGGGAGCCAUGGCCCCUGUGUCCCCACAGAGAGCACCUGAAGCCCCCCUGCAGCACCCAUCACAGCAUCCUGCUCCUUCUCCUCCUGCUUCCCCAGCCUGGAGGCAGCAGGAUGGUGAUGGGCACCCCCAGACAUGCUGGCUCACCCCCCCUCCUGCUGUCACACAACGUGCUGCUUCCACUCAUACAAAAACCCAAGGAAAUAGCAAAGCUGAGCCAACACUGCAAGCAUUUAUCAGACACUGAGCCUGCCCUGCCUGCUGAGCCAGGCACCAGCCACUGCCACCCAGGGCCACCAUGUGCCAGCAGGACAUCACCCUGCCCACACCACAGCCCUGGCUUUUUGCCCAUCACCCUGUAAGAUGCUGAUAGUUCUAGUUAAAUGGGACAUAAUCUGGAAAAAAAUUGAGUUAUUUAAGUGGCUGGGAAGGGAACAAACAGGAAUGGUUCUGACCUGGGCAGGCUCCCGUGUCACAGGCUGCAGGUGCAGCACCUGCAGGGAGCUGGGCAGGGGGAAGGGCUCAGGGAGGGUUUGCAGCCUCUCCCCCAGCCCCAUGCAGGGGGAUCCUCCCCUGGAUCCCACCUCCUCACCUGGGGCUCAUGGAGCAGCAGCCCAGGGAGAUUUGUAGGCAGAGAGCUGGGCUCACAGGGCCCUGCCAGAGGAAGGAUGGGAAAGGCCCAUGGAUGCAGAACAGAGAAGAGGGAAGAGCUCUGAGGAAACGUUCCUAAGAAACAGGGGGUACCAGCUAGGCACCUGGUCUGGCAAAAAGGAACAAAGCCCAUGAGGUGAGCAUCAGCAUCUUCAAGUUAUGCUUUGUUUAGCCCUGUCAGGGUCACCUUGUGCCAUGCACAAGUUGGGGACCAAGAUGAAGAUGAUGGGGGUGACUGGGACCUCAGGACAGCCCCUCACUACAAAACUCAUCACUGCAGGGGAUGUCCCUGUCCCUUGCUGUCCCCCCACACCCCUGAGCUAUCCCCACACUCACCCCUUUGCAUCCUUCUGCCAUUCUUGUGCUUCACAGCAGCAUCUCCCCAGGCAGGGGCACAUCCCACCCUGCCACAGACCAUGACCCAGUAGUACCACAGCUGCACUGUGGAGGGCACUGGGAGCACACACUGACCCCCACUGCCCAACCUCAAAAAUCCUGACACUACAAAGAAGCAAUGAUGUGGGAAAAAACAACUUUUUAAUUGUACAUUAAACAUAUUAAU